AUGCAGUAUUCCGGAUUGCUCCCCCUCUUUCUCCUGCAGUUUGCUGGGACUGUUUUCGCAGUUGAGCCUGAAGCGGUGUAUGACGGUGGUUAUAGCUCUGCCAACUCGCCCGUACGACUGAGAAUUGGCAAUGGCGGAGCUGGACAGAGUGGUUUGGUUAAGGCACUUGCGGAUGCAUUUAUUCAAUCCGAAAUCGAAGCAGGAUCGAAACCAUUCCGCGUUGCCUGGUACAAGAGUGACACUACCGUGACCAUCAACUAUCUCAAAAUUGGCACCGUUGAUGUUGGUAUCACCUAUAGCGCGGUAGCGGAAAAUAUUUCUAUACAGCAAGGAAUUGCUGAGUCAAGACACUAUGCCUUCCGAGACCACUUCAUGCUCACAGGGCCUCCGUCUAAUCCGGCAAAUCUGACGAAGAGUGAUGAUAUAAUGAACAUGUUCUCUUCCAUGCACACUGCAGCUGAAGCUGGCAAAAGCGACCCACCUGUUCGCUUUUUGAGUCGCUAUGAUAAAUCUGCCACAAAUAUUAAAGAAGCUUCGCUUUGGCUUAGCAUUGGACAGGUGCCGUGGGCAACAGCAUAUUCUACCUGGUAUCACCAAUACAUCACUUUCCCUAUCCAAGCUCUUGCCGCGGCCAUUCAACUUAAGGAGUACACGAUCACCGAUUUUGGCACGUACCUCUCACUUCCACGCGGACUCCGAGAUCAAAUGGUUAUUUACAAAAAAAGCACUGAUAACGCCGAUGAUCUGUUACUUAACCCCGCUUACCUACUUGUAGGGACACGAGCAAGUGAUGGAGAUAUAGCCAAGUUAUUUGCAAAAUGGCUCGUCAGUCAAAAUGGCGGGCAAAAGGUUAUUAGAGUGUUCAAAAAGGAUGGGCAGGUUCUGUAUAGCCCUGCACCAUGA